CUCGCUGAUUGGCUGAUGCCCGGUGACGUCCUCAGACCGCGACGCAGAACGUGGAGGCCGCGGGUCAUGUGGCUGAGCGGCCAGCCGUGGCUGCCAGUUCUCGUACAAGGGUGCUUCAACCUCCGGCGUCUCAUUGCUGUCAGUACUUGGGGUGGUUGUAGGGGUCCGAUGGCGGAAACAUCCUCAACUGGGGCCGAGGCAGCGGCCGGGCUGAAGACUCCAGCUCAACAAAACGGAGACGUUAGUGGCGACGCGAGUGGUGAGCUGCUCUCCGGGAGCCCGGAGCCUGAGGGCCCGGGAGUGGAGCCGGCCCGGGAGGACGGGAAGCCGACCCAAUCGAGCGAGGAGCAGGCCCCAGUUGCAGCUUCAGGCUCAGGCAAGCGUAAGAAGCGACGGGACGCCACCAGAGAGCGCGUCGUGCCACCCCCGAAGAAGCGGCGGGCAGGGGUGAGCUUCGGCGAUGAGCACUUUGCAGAGACCAGCUACUACUUCGAGGGCGGCCUGCGCAAAGUGCGGCCCUAUUACUUUGACUUCCGGACCUACUGCAAAGGCCGCUGGGUGGGCCACAGCUUGUUGCACGUCUUCAGCACCGAAUUCCGAGCUCAGCCCUUGGCCUACUACGAGGCCGCAGUCCGGGCGGGGCGCCUGCACCUCAACGAGGAGCCGGUACAGAACCUCAACAUCGUGCUCAAGGACAAUGACUUCUUGCGGAACAGAGUGCACAGGCAUGAGCCACCGGUCACAGCGGAACCUGUCCGCCUGCUGGCUGAGAAUGAGGAUGUGGUGGUUGUAGACAAGCCUUCUUCCAUUCCUGUCCACCCUUGUGGCCGCUUCCGACACAACACUGUCAUCUUCAUCCUGGGCAAGGAGCACCAACUCAAGGAGCUACAUCCACUGCAUCGGCUGGACCGCCUUACCUCAGGUGUCCUCAUGUUUGCCAAAACGGCUGCUGUCUCAGAGAGAAUUCAUGAGCAGGUUCGGGAUCGGCAGCUGGAGAAGGAGUACGUGUGCCGGGUGGAAGGGGAGUUCCCCACUGAGGAAGUGACCUGCAAGGAACCCAUCUUGGUGGUAUCUUACAAGGUAGGGGUGUGCCGUGUAGAUACUCGGGGCAAGCCCUGUGAGACAGUAUUCCAGAGACUGAGCUACAAUGGUCACUCCAGUGUGGUGCGGUGCCGGCCACUCACAGGCCGCACUCACCAGAUCCGAGUCCACCUCCAGUUCCUGGGACACCCCAUUCUCAAUGACCCCAUCUACAACUCAGUUGCCUGGGGUCCAUCCCGCGGCCGGGGCGGCCACAUUCCCAAAACGGAUGAGGAACUGCUUCGGGAUCUUGUGGCAGAGCACCAGGCCAAACAGAGCCUGGAUGUGCUAGAUCUCUGUGAGGGCGACCUGUCCCCAGGACUAAUAGACUCUACAGCUCCCUCCUCAGAGUUGGGUAAGGACCACCUAGAAGAGUUGGCUGCAUCUGCCCAGAAGAUGGAUGGAGUGGUUGAUGCAGCCCCUCAGGAUCUGGACACCAUGGCCUUGGCACCAGGGAAGGCAGCCGAAACUGAUUUUGUGAAUCAAGAGAUAGACCCUCUGUGUGCAGAGUGCCGGCUGGUGCGACAGGACCCCUUGCCCCAGGACCUUGUGAUGUUCCUGCAUGCUCUCCGUUAUAAAGGGCCUGGGUUUGAGUACUUUUCACCCAUGCCUGCCUGGGCACAGGAUGACUGGCAAGAAGACUGAAGGCUGUGGUUGAGGGACUGCUUCUUGAACUAGAAGACAAAUGGGCCAUGGAAUAGGAGCUGAUCUCAUGGGCUGGUACUCAGGUUUUCUACACAAGUGAGGUUGGGUUCAUAAAGGAUCUGCUUAUACUUGCUACCUCCUUUCCUCUCCCUCUAGCUGGAGUUUGGGAGCUUGUUGGUUUGUAAAUAUAUCCCUUUUUCUAAAA